UCUCGGUGAAUAAUAUUCAAUAAUAAUUUGUUUUUGUUUUGUUUUCAAUGCAAAAGGCGGGUGUGGUUAUUAUCAUUGUUGUUGUUGAUGUUAUUAUUUUCUUAUCUGAUGUGAUUCGGCCCUUUUUCGUACGCUAUGCAGUCAGCGUGCACGUGUAUCAUCUUCCCCGUCUUCUCUCGGUGGCGAGCUGGGCGCUCUUUAAUCUGCUGCUGUGGGAUUAGCAGGCGGUGCGCGGCCCACGCAUGCAGCAAACAAGCACACGCGUGCACGCUGGCUCCACGUACGUCGCCCACCUGUCGUGUUUUGGAGAGGGCCUUUGAUUAUUGGCGUGUGAUGAAUUUGCCUUCCACACACGCGGCAUCUGGAGAUCAAUUAUGCGUCGAUGAGCUGCAGAAAAGCAUUUAUGUUUUGGGGAGGAUUUUUUGUUUUGUUUGAAAUGUUUUCCAUGAAGAAUGUGAUGUUAAUUGCACCUCAUUUUAAACGCUGUCUCCUUUCCUAUCGGAAAUGGUUAGUGUGUUAGAUUCGAUGAGUGUGAGGAAAGGGCGUCUGUCUCAUGCAUCCACGAUGAUCCACAGGAAUCCUGAAUCCUCGCUGCUGAUUGGCUGCCGAGCCCUGCCUCUCGUCGGGAUGGACCUGUUGGAUAAAGGGACCAUUUUGUAAAGAAGCCCCCCGCAUGCACUUGUGCACAGAGGACCAUGCACAGGGGAGCAGCCUGUUACAUCCACUGAAGGGGAAAAAAAACAACCAAAAUCCCAAAAUCCUCCCAGCCGAGGCCAACGCACCAUGACGGGCAAACAAGGCGCGGUGCUGUCGGGAACUUUAAACCCCGCGGAGACGAGAAGAGCUCCUCUGGGUGCAAAUGGAGGCAGCGGCAUCAACAACCAGCAGCCGGCCAAGACCACCGUCAUCCACCCGCCCGGCAGGUGCACGGGCUUCGGCAUCCAGGAGAUCUUGGGGCUCAACAAGGAGCCGUCCUCGGCCCCGAGGAGCCCGCUGAGCUCCUUGCCGGCCGGGGCGCAUCUCAUCGCGGCCAGGUCCGUGCUGGGCCACGCCGGCGUGGGUGUCGGGAUGGGAUUAAUCGGCCCCGGUGGGAUUCCGGCGUUUUACCGGCAGCCGGCGUUUUUGGAGGGCGUGCUGGAGCCGCAAGACGUUCACCUGCAGCCGCACAACACCUCCGCUGCAGGGCGGAUGCAGGACGCGGGACAGUCCGCAAGCUCUGACUCUGAGGAUUUGUCUUCAAGUGAAAGAAAACUGUCCAACAAGUCUUCGAUAGCGCAGAGCAAAAAACGCAAGAAAAGACGUCACAGGACCAUUUUCACGUCGUACCAGCUGGAGGAGCUGGAGAAGGCCUUCAACGAGGCCCAUUAUCCGGAUGUGUACGCACGAGAGAUGUUGGCCAUGAAAACAGAAUUACCUGAAGACAGAAUACAGGUGUGGUUUCAGAACCGCAGAGCCAAGUGGAGGAAGAGAGAGAAGUGCUGGGGUCGCAGCACCGUCAUGGCGGAGUACGGCCUCUACGGGGCCAUGGUCAGACAUUCCAUCCCGCUGCCGGAGUCCAUCCUCAAGUCGGCCAAGGACGGCAUCAUGGAGUCGUGUGCCCCCUGGUUGCUAGUUCAAGAUGGCUUACCAAUCAACAGACGCUAUUCUAAAUCUGAAUGCCCGCAACUCUUUGCAGGGAUGCACAAAAAGUCCGCGGAGACCCCGGCGCCCCCUCAUCCGGCGGCCGCCAAAUGCGACGAGCCGCCGCCGCCGCCCGGCUCUCAGAGGGCCGAAGACUCUGAGGCGGAGGAGCGGAGGUCGAAGGGCGAGUCGGCCAUUUCUAAAGAGGAACUGAGAGAGAACAGCAUCGCUGCUCUCCGGGCCAAAGCACAGGAGCACAGUGCCAAAGUGCUCGGGACGGUUUGUCAGGACAGACUGGACGAGGACGAGAGGGAGAAGAGCGGCCCCCCUCGGAGUCCCGCGCAGGAGGAGGCGCGCAGCCCGUAGAGACGCAACACUCGCCUCUCAUUGGCUCUUCGCUUGCACCCUGCAUCUGGACUCUCAUGAGGAUGAUUCCCUGCGACACAGGAAACGCAACGCCCUUUUUGUUUUUUAAACAUUUACCAUUUUACAUCCUGAAUGGUGACAUUUUCAAUGCAAGCCAUCCUGCCGGCAGUCUUCGAAUAAGAGGAGGAACUUAAUUGUUGUUCUGUGUUAUGCUGUAUAUCAGGGGUUCUCAAAGUUUUUUUGGUCCAAGGACCCCUUACAGGGAUCCCCCCCCCCCCCCCCCCCCCCCCCCCCAAGGACCCCUCCAACUAAAUAUACAGUACCUACCGUACCUCUCAAUGCCAUGGGAAUGUUUCAUGUUUUGAGCGGUUUAACCUAAAUAAUUCUGACCUGUUUGAUAGAAAUGUUCCAAAUUCAAAUGAAUUAGUGUAAUUUCAAUAUUUAUCCAAUGUAACGAGCUGAUAUGCACUGCCUCCCCUAACAGCAAAGCUGCAUACAUAGAGUUUACAAAAAGCACGCUCAGUCUUGCCAACUUAGCAAUUUUUUCCGACCGCUCUAGCGACAACUUUUCAAAUCAGCGAUUAGCGAGUUUAAUUCCGAUGAAGAAAAAAAAUAUUAGCAGUCAUUUUCACGACAAGAGCCCGGUUGAAGGCAAUCAUGGACUCAAUAGCGCUGAACAUUGCCAAAAACAUGGUGCCUAGUUACAGUAUAUGUUGCGAAAGCAGUGAUUUAUCCAUGUUGGAAACUUUUGACCUGAGGUAUGUGCUUCAUACAUACUAUACAUACAUACAUACAUCAGAAAAAGCGUGAGAACUAGAAAUGCUGAACACAGAUGUGACACUUCACCAUCAUAUCGGAGCUUUCAAUUGGCCAAAGCUGAGAUACGGAGGAAUAAUUGGUGUAGUGUGUUUGUUGAAUUGGCACACCGGUCCCCAUAUGUAGGUUAGCACUUUAAAACAACAAUGAUAUGACAUAAUUUAUUACAAAUAAUUUUGCGGACCCCCAAGUUACCCCAGUUUGAGAAUGACUACUGUAUAUAAGUGAUGUAUUCCGUGGCACAAUUUGAGUAGUAUCACUUCCAAAUAUGUACAACUCAAAGCAUCAAAAAAGAAAACAUCUUUUAUGAUUAAAUGUGACUUUCUGGUGUCCUUGGUCCAACUCUUCUUCUGGCUCAACUUGGUGCAACGGUGCCAGUCGCCUCCUCGGUGCAGCAGCGACUUGUUGAUGCUCUGCUGGCUCGCCUCAUUAGCGCAGCCCCCCUUGCACCCCUAGCUUCCCCGGUUGCAUGCCUGGGUUAGCUCCUAUAAUCCGUCGCAGUUGAGAGCCUUCAAUUUCCGAUGAAAUUGGAGGGGAGGGGAAGGCCACAAGCAGAGAAUGUCUAAUUUCAAAUCACUUUAACAGGCAACACUUUAAAGCCGCUCAUCCAUCCUCUUAUCUCCAUCCAAAGACUGACGGCUUGACUUCACACUCCUAUGUGUUGAAAUGUUCUGUAUCAAGCUACUUGAAGGCCACUUUCGCUCAGGUCCUGGGCCUUUUCUCAAAAGUCUUCGGCUUUGUCAAAUGAACAGCAUCUU